UUUUUUAUUGUGUCCUAACCCCGAUGCAUUCAUUGGACUUAGAUAAUUGAAUCUCUACGUGUCACUUUUACAACAAUUUCAAAGAACCAACUCUCUCUCUCUCAAUCUCUCCCAACAAUUUAUUCUUUUCAUAUUUUCUUGGAGAAAGAAAACAUAUAAACUGAUCAUCUUUUGGUGGAGGCCUCACCUGUUUCUACUUGUUUUCAUCUGCUAAAGAUAGAGAUUGGUUGCUUCAGAUCCAUGCGACCCAGAUUUUAUGUGCUAAAAAGACACCAUCUUUGAGGUGUUUUUGUUUGAUUCAAAGGGGGUUUAGUUUUCUUAUUUGAUUUGUGGUUUAGAAGGAUAGUUAAUUUUAGUUCUUGUAUCAUUUUUGAUACUAGGAUCUAAGGUUUUUCUGGGGUAAAAUUUGGUGAUCUUAAAGAGAACUAAUUCUAUAUAGGCCUAAAGAUCUUGUAUAUGGAUGUUUAGAUCCAUUUAUUUCGAGAUUUUUUGCUGCGCAUCACUAGAUCUGAUAACCCAUUUCCCUUUUGCCUAUCACUAGAUUAUUCACACCAUUGAUUUGAUGUUGUUUUACAUGCUUGAUGCUUCUUGUAUCCUGAGUUCUGGAAUUUAACUGCAAGAAUUUGAAGUUUGAUAAGUGUUAGCUCAUACAUAGCUUAAGAUCUGGUUUUGGUGGUUUAGCUUGUGUGUCUUGUGUCACAAUCCCAAAUUGAGGACUUGAUAUACCGAAGUGUAAGCCUUUUGUGCCAAACCAAUUGCUUAAAGCGGCCGAGGGAGAUAUAGGAGUUUCUCGGAAGUUUGAGAGGGACCAGUGUGAGUGAUGGAAGAGAUCCCUCCAGCUAUUGAAGUUACAGUUAGCUUAAGUAGCUCGAUUUGUGAUAACUCUGGGAUCUCAAGCAAUGUGGAAAUAACACAUGUGCAGAUAGUGACAGAAUCAUCAAACAUGUUACCCGAUCCUGUAUCCGUGCUGCGUGCUGAAUCUGUUUCCAGUAGGGAGAGAAGUUUUAAUUGUCUUAAGAGAACUUUGUCAGGAACCGUAGAAAGUGAAAGGAAAAUUAGUGUAUCGGAGACUAUACUAAAUGGAGAUAGCAGCUGGGUUCCUACUGAUGCAAUGAUUCAGCAAAACAAGGAAGAUGUGGCAGAUGACUGCAGUGGCAUAAAAAGCAAGCAAUUGCUGGCUCUGAAUGCUAGUACAGGAAUGAGUCUGCCAAUUGCAGUUGAAAUCGAGGAGAUAGAUAAUGGUCAGAUUUUUGCCAAAGUUAUUAGCUUGGAGAAACAGAGUGUGGAGGGCAAGAUGUCAGCUAGUGCAGAUGACGUUAGCUCUAACAUUCUCACUCUUAAGUCAUCCGUAAUUGCUCUUCAGUUGCCUAAAGAAAAGAUUACUGGGUGUGAAGAGAGCAAGGGUGUACAUAUGAAGUAUGUUCCCCUGUGGGGUCAUGUGUCUAUCUGUGGUAAGAGGCCAGAGAUGGAAGAUGCUGUAGUGGCUAUCCCUCAGUUUCUGGAAGUUCCAACUAAAAUGUUACUUAGUGAUCAUGUUAUUAAUGGGAUGAGUCAAAAUGCUGGUGUCAUUACAAGUCAUUUUUUUGGAGUCUAUGAUGGUCAUGGAGGUUCGCAGGUUGCAAACUACUGCCGUGAGCGUAUACAUUUUGCUUUGAAAGAGAAGUUGGAAGGUAUUGAGGACUUUGAAAGUGAAGUAAGAACAGCAGUCACUCAACAAGAGCAGUGGGAGGAAAUAUUUACCAGCUGCUUUCAGAAGAUUGAUGAUGAAGUUGGAGGAAAAGUAAGCCAAACUGAAACUGGAGGAGAUUGUGAUACUUCUAAUGGUAAUUUAGAACCUAUUGCCCCAGAAACUGUUGGGUCUACUGCUGUCGUUGCAUUAUUAUGCUCAUCCCAUAUUAUAGUUGCAAACUGUGGUGAUUCAAGAGCAGUUCUUUAUCGUGGCAAAGAGGCCAUGGCUUUGUCAAAUGAUCAUAAACCAAACCGAGAAGAUGAAUAUGCGAGGAUUGAAGCAUCUGGCGGCAAGGUCAUACAGUGGAAUGGACACCGUGUUUUUGGUGUACUUGCAAUGUCAAGAUCCAUCGGUGAUAGAUAUUUAAAACCAUGGAUUAUUCCUAAGCCAGAAGUUAUGUUUGUACCACGAGCUAGAGAGGAUGAGUGUCUUAUAUUAGCUAGCGACGGUCUGUGGGAUGUCAUGACAAACGAAGAAGCAUGUGAAGUGGCUAGAAGAAGAAUCCUGCUGUGGCAUAGGAAGAACGGUCCUGUUACUGAUUCUGAUAGAGGGCAAGGAGUUGAUCCUGCUGCUCAAGCAGCAGCUGAAUACCUCUCAAUGCUUGCUCUUCAAAAGGGAAGCAAGGACAACAUCUCAGUGAUAGUGGUGGACUUGAAAGCACAGAGGAAGUUCAAGAACAAAUCAUGAAUAAGGACGACAAUCACAUCAUUCCUACAUAAAGUAAAAGUUGCCCCAAUUAUUAGAUAAGUUUUGUCCAUUCAUUUUUCAUAUGGGCUUACUCUGUGUAUCAAAGCAGUCAUUACUAGUUAGCUUGAUUAGUAGAAGAUGUCAAGACAAUGUUUUAUUACUGGAUUUUGUCAUUCAUCAUAUUAAAGUCUAUGACCAUGAUCGUUUUUAGUCUU